CCGCUUUGGCGCGGGGUCCUCAGUGCAUCGCGCUGCUGAAAGCACAGAUAGCGGGGACGUUGAGGAGCUCGCGUUCCGUUCGGUUGCCUGGAAGCGAGGAGGCCGUUAGAAAUGUUUUAGGUGCAUUCCGGGCGCUGUGGGGCCGGUAGCAGUGGGGGAAAGCUUGGUGUUACACACAGACAGCCGGCACCUCCCGCCUGCCUUCCAGCCUCCAGGCCCCUCCUUACUGAAAUCGCUUAAAUCCUUAUAAAUAUUGAGCCUUCUCUGCAUGUUUGUCAAACCUCCCUGCCGGCAGAGCUAAAGGAGACUUCCGCUUUGUCAUUCUUGAGUGCUGUGGGCUUAAGUGAGCUUUAUCUCCCCAGGACGAAGGCUGAGCUAACUCAGAGCUCUUCACACUGACGUACGGCGCUCUGGUCACCCAGCUGUGCAAGGACUACGAGAAUGAUGAAGAUGUCAACAAGCAGCUUGACAAAAUGGGUUACAACAUAGGAGUUCGGCUGAUAGAAGAUUUUCUGGCCCGAUCCAAUGUUGGAAGAUGCCAUGAUUUCCGUGAAACUGCAGAUGUUAUUGCAAAGAUAGCAUUCAAAAUGUAUCUGGGCAUCACUCCAAGCAUCACCAACUGGAGUCCUGGAGGUGACGAGUUCUCUCUGAUCUUAGAAAAUAACCCCUUGGUGGACUUUGUUGAGCUCCCCGACAACCACUCCACUCUCAUCUAUUCCAACCUGUUGUGUGGAGUGCUGCGAGGUGCCCUGGAAAUGGUUCAGAUGGCCGUGGAUGUAAAGUUUGUCCAGGACACACUGAAAGGGGACAGCGUCACAGAAAUAAGAAUGAAGUUCAUCAGGCGGAUUGAAGACAAUCUUCCAGCUGGUGAAGAGUGAAUCACAACCCAGUCUCCUUUAAGGCUGGAGGGGACCAGCUGGUGUUGACCAUUAGCUUUCAUCACAGAUCUGUAGGGAUCUAGUGCCCCUGUACAUUCAGACUGACUCACUGACUGUUUAAGAUGUUAUUAUAUUCUUCUACUGUUACUUCCAUUUUCUGUAGAGGAACAAUUAUCUAGUUGCUGUUUGUUUCACAGGUUCAUUCUGAAGCUUUUUCAUAAGGUGAUGUCGUUUUCAUAUUCCCCUGGGAACUCUUUCUACACUCAGUUUCUAACUGUGAUGUUUGGUUGUGCAAGAACUACUGUUCAGAUUCUAAAAGAGCUCCAGUCUGUCCAAAUCUGAAUCCAGGUUUUAUAACUAGAAUUGGAGACUAAGGCAUAAGAACCCACCAACUUACUGUUAACUGCUGUCCUUAAAGGGUUGAAAUUCACUUGGAGAUAAAUGCGUAGCAUUUCUGUAGUUGGUACUAGUAAAAUGCAGGCUUGACACAAGGGAUGGAUGCUGCCUGGCACCUUCUUAGGGAAGCUCCUUUCCUCAGAGAGCAGCAGCAUCACAUAGCACUCAGAUUCAGGAGACCCACGUGGUUCUUUCUGCUGUUUCUCCUCACAGCAGCAUUGGUGAAAGCAGACCCACCAACACCUUCCUCCAACAGGAGGUUGUGUGUAGUCUCACCAUUCCCCUGUCAGAAGGGCAGAGCCAGUAAAUUGUAUAGGAAAACCACUGAGCAUUUUAGAUGGGAGAAAGGAACUAGCAGCUCUAACAGCAUUGUAUUCUGCAGCACGCACAGCCUAGGGGCUGUGUGCUGAGUUCACAGAACCAGAAACUCAAACUAACAACUGGAAGGUAUUAAAUGCAUUUCAGCAAGAAUUGCCUGCUCUCCUGUUACGGCAUAUAAACACUGCACAAUGUGGAGGAGGAGGUGGGGGGAUAUUCUUACACAGAUGUUUAGGCUACAGCAGAAUUUCCCACGUUACUUGAAUUGGCAAGCUAUGGCAGCCUGUAACACCUGCUGCUCUGCAGAGCAGAAGCAUAAGGUAGCAUUAUAUCACACAAAGCAAGAUGAUGGAAAAUCAGCUUCCUCCACCACCCUGUUCAGGCCGAAAAUUCAGUCAGACAUUCAAUUCUCAAAUCACUUUACGUAGCAUGAAGGCACAAACCCACAGAGAACUGGGAGCCUGAAGCUGUUAGCUCUAACUGCCACAAGAGGGGAGCUAGCAGGCUGGGUACCUUUGUAGGUUUGUGCCUGAGUGUAAGGUGUGAGAGAAAGGUGCAGAGAAGGGCACAGUUCGUGCUGCCAGCUGCUGAGGUUCUCCAGGUGUGUCGGGACAGCUCACCUCAUCCCUUUUUGCCCAAGGGAGUCCUUCAGCCAAAGGGUCUGGGUGCCAGGUUUGGGGUGCAUAGGUAGGAAAGCUCAGAUGUUUCUCAUUGUUGCCCAUUAUAAAUCAUUUGAAGGCUGCAUUUUAAAAGCUAUGACAUUAAAAGAAUCCCGAUGUCAA